AGUCGACAUUUUAAAAAUAAUGUUUAAUCAAAUAACCAAUAUUAAACAUUGUCAAACAAGUGUUUCGAAUUUAAAUUAUUCUUCUUUUUUAAUUUUCUAAUUAACUAUUGCUAUGUUCAUUUCGUUUCAUUUAAUAUGCAAUGUUUUUACUUGAAAAAGUUGCCAAAUUAGCAGAAAUCACUAACGAUCGAUCUGUUUCGAUUCGAUACAUCAUGAUGGCGGAGUACAGUGAAAAAUGUACAGAAGAUUGUUCCUUUGAUUAUAGCGAAGAUAAACAAAAAGGUGUAUGUGUAAUUAAAGAAGAGUACAUUAUUGGAGAUCACAUAAGACUUCUAAGUGAAGAAUGUUUAACAAAAACUGAUAAAGAAAAGGUAUCCACUAGUACAACUAAUUCAGAUGAGGAUGUAUCGCAUGAACCACCGUUAAAAAAAUUAAAAGGUGAUGAUAGAAGGGAAAAGCUCAGGGGUCAAAAUAAAGCAAGACCACCGCCUUUCAAGGCACAACGCGAAUUGAAUUUGUGUCCUUGGAUAGCGGACCAAGCAGUUGGAGAACCUGAAAAGAAAUGUGAUAAUAAACGAUGCACGUUCUUGCACGACAGAGUACAAUAUCUAAAAAUAAAACCAGCUGAUAUUGGAGAUGAGUGUUACCUAUUUAACAUCACUGGCAGGUGCCCAAGGGGUGCUGCCUGCAGAAUGGGCUCCAAACAUUUAUUAGAAGAUGGUUUAAAUAUCGUGGAUAAGGAAAAGGAAGAGGAAUUCAAGAAACUGCCACCUUCUACGAAGAAUCAAUUAACGAAACAUCUUCAGAUUCAGCUGAGGAAACACAAAUACAAUUUUUCCAAAGCGGAAAAAGUUGUUAAAGCGAAUGAACCAUCUAGGAAAAAAUUAGAAAGUGCCAAACAAAUCGAGCAGUCUUCCAAAGUAACCGAACCACAAAUUACAAAUGAUUCUAAUGAUAAGAACUCUGAAAACGAUACUACAGAACAGAAACUAGGGCCAGUCGAAGAUUCUGAUUUAAUAAAAUGUAGAAAUGUAGAGAAGAAAAAAAUAGACUGGGAAGAUAAGAUACUAUUGAGCCCUUUAACAACAGUCGGUAACUUACCUUUCAGAAGAAUCUGUAAAGAAUAUGGAGCUGAUAUAACCUGUGGAGAAAUGGCUUUAGCGCCCAGAAUAUUAAAAGGGGCCCAUGAAGAGUGGGCGCUUGUAAAAAGGCAUGAAUCAGAGGAUAUAUUUGGGGUACAGCUUUGUGGUAAUAAUCCAGGUGUGUUGACCAGAUGCGCCCAAUUGCUAAACCAAGAGAUUGACGUUGAUUUCAUAGACUUGAACCUGGGUUGUCCUAUCGAUUUAAUUUAUAGACAAGGAGGAGGCAGUGGGAUGCUUAACCGAUUAAACGUCCUCGAAACUGUAGUAAAAUCAGUGAAUCAAAUUAUGGAUAUACCUUUAACAAUAAAAUCUAGGACAGGUGUUUAUAUAGAUAAACCAGUCGCUCAUAAUUUAAUGCCAAAGUUCAGUGAAUGGGGAGUAUCCAUGAUUACUGUCCAUGGACGAUCUCGUGAACAAAGGUAUACAAAAUUAGCUGAUUGGGAUUAUAUAGAAAAAUGUGCUAAAGUGGCACAACCUGUUCCAGUGUUUGGAAAUGGGGAUAUCCUAUCGUUUGAUGACUAUCAAAGAGUACGAGACACUUACACAAGUGUCUCUGGUAUUACUAUAGGUCGUGGUGCAUUGAUAAAGCCAUGGAUAUUCACAGAAAUAAAGGAAAGAAAAUUGAUAGAUAUAUCCAGCAAUGAGAGAUUUGAAAUCUUGAAAAAGUAUACCAAUUAUGGUCUUGAACAUUGGGGUUCGGACACUCGGGGGGUUGAAACGACGAGGAGGUUUAUGUUGGAAUGGAUAUCUUUCUUGCAUAGGUACGUUCCUGUUGGUAUUUUGGAAAGACCACCGCAAAGGAUCAACGAGAGACCUCCGUUUUACCGAGGUCGAGACGAGAUGGAAACGCUUAUGGCCAGUUCAAACUGUGCUGAUUGGAUUAAAUUAUCAGAGUUAUUACUCGGAAAAGUGCCUGAAGGAUUUCGCUUCUUGCCAAAACAUAAGGCGAAUUCAUGGAAAUAAUGUAUAGUAAAUUGUCACGUGAACAGAAUACUUUUAUAUCAGGAACUUCUUUUCUUUUUUUUUAAAUAAACAAACUACUCGUCAGAUGGAAUAAAUGUUAGAAGGAUUAUGAAGAAUCUUUUGUUUCUUUAUUAAGCAUUUGAAAUCACAGAUAAGAAAACCAAUCAUAUACAAUUAAUAAUAAUACAGAUAAUAAAUUGAAAUGAUUUAUAAUCUGUAGAAUUUUAGUGAAUUUCACCAAUCGGUUGAAAAGUGUUGUAGGUGUCGUUUCAUUCUUUAACCCUCUGCGCAACCUUGGUCUCACCUAAGUGGAAAUUAGUAAUGAACAGUUAUAUCUCCGAGGACAGAUACGGGCCACAUGCAAUCACAACCGCUGGCUAUCUGUUUGGAGAAGGGUUCCCAACACUCUCCGUCCCAUCGUCGUCGCAUUAACAAUAGCCUUCUACUUCUUUGAACGCAAUGAAAACUGGGUUCCACGCAUUUCUGGAAAACACACAUUCUGCUUUAGUAUGAUCAAUUUCAACGAGGUGUACUAAAGUAGAAGUGUAUCUUCUUUUUCUUGCAAAGCAAAAGCAGUAUCACAUACACACAACAGACAGAAACAAAUUGAUCUACCUGCUUCGAAAAAUUCACAGGACGUUCAAUGUUAUCUAUCAAAGAGUAACUUUUACAAUAAAUUUCAUGAUAAUGCGGAGGUUGGUACUCGUACUCGGAGUCGUCUAAUUGUACUUUUUUGGUAACGGUUUCGCAAAGACUACGAUAUUCCUACGAACAGACAUAGAGUAAACGUUAAUUACCCAUGCAGCUUUAUUUCUUUUUCUCGGAUACAGAACUGACCGGUAAUAAAUUACGAUUAUUUCUAUCGAAGGAUUGCUCUUCCUUCCGUACACGUUCCUCGAUGUAAUCUUCUUCAGGUAGAUAAGCCAUGUCCUGAGCAAGAGGUAGGUGUAGACGAUUAAUCUCCCGCAUCUGCAAGUAACUUCUGUUGCACUUCUUGUAGACAUUGUACGAACAGUCUCCCAACACAGCCAUCGCGGCGAGCUUUGUCAACAGAAAAUAAUAAUUACAAUAAGUGUUGACUGAUCAUCAAGGGAAUAAGAAUAUGAAAUUUUCAAUUGAUGAGGAACAAAUGAAUCCUUCUUAAAACUGUGUCUAAGUUAACUGAAGAAUUUUGUGGCGGUCAAUUGAACAGUGAUGUCAGAAAUCAGUGUAAUGUGUUGAUCAAUCCCUGAAGACCAUAAUACCGGCGCGAAAAACAGUACAAACCAGUCAGCAAGGUCGAUCGUGAUUGAGCUGACGUGCUUCGCGUCGCAUGAUGCAAAUUAGUCUUCCCCAUGCCGAUCUCUAUGAUUCGCGGUGCCUUCAAACUGCGAAUGGAAUAAUACUCACCUAGCAGAAACGGUGGAAGAAUUUGGAAGAACUUGGAUUAAAAUUCUUCAAACAUUUUAAUCAAUUAUUGCAAAUGUAAUAAUUAAGAAUCUUCUAUUCUACAAUUAACAAUACAUUUCUUUUUUUUAAAUAAAGAUUCUCUAUAAAAAUUAUAAAUCAAGGAGAAGAAAAAGGAGGGCCAGGAGAGGAGGCUAGUCUCUGAAACGAUAUCAACACGUAUUCUCCACGCAGUGACACGUCGGUGUGUGGUAAGGUAGUUAUCCAAUUGACGGUGCCCCCGUCUGACAUAGUUCAGUCGACGACGAACUCAGGAUGAUUCGACUACGUCUCUGGCAGUGGUGACGUUCUCGCAGCCGUACGAAUUACCGUUUCACUGUGUGUUCUUCCUCCAACGUUAUUGCGAAUCGUGAAGGAAAGAAUAGUAUCGUUUAAACGUUGAAAAUCGACAUGAAGAUUCCUGUUUGGUUGACGAGAGACGCGAUUGUGCUUUGGGACCAGAUCGCUGGUCCGGUAACAAUGAACACGGUCAAGGUUGCCCGUUGCCAGUGAUCCGGUUCCUUUUUCUGGGCGUCGAUAGACGAACGCAAGGGAGAGGGUUUUGUCAACUUCUUUUGGAAUAAACGCGUAAGCGUGGAAGAAAGGGGGGGAUGAGAUGCGAACGCGUCAACGCGAUUGAUAUGGCAGCUGAUCUGUACGCGAAUGGAUCCGUGAAGUCAACGUCCGGCAGGCUGAUUGGAAUGAAUGGAAUUAGCAAAGCAAAUUUUACUUGAAAUAUUUUAUAAUUCUUGGAACUUCUCUGAGAAGAAUGUUUAAUUGUGAUAAGGUAUUGUUCUCGGUACUGUGAUCUGGUGUUUCAACUGGUCAUCAGUGGAGGAUGCAAGAUUUUUCUGUAUUGUAAUUCUUGUAACAUGAAAUUAUGCUUUUUAGGCUGAUUGGAGUGAAUGGAAUUAGCAAAACAAAUUUUACUUGAAAUAUUUUAUAAUUCUUGGAACCCCUCUGAGAAGAAUGUUUAAUUGUGAUAAGGUAUUGUUCUUGGUACUGUGAUCUGGUGUUUCAACUGGUCAUUAGUAGAGAAUACUAGAUUUUUCUGUAUUGUAAUUCUAGUAACAUGAAAUUAUGCUUUUUAGGCUGAUUGGAGUGAAUGGAAUUAGCAAAGCAAAUUUUACUUGAAAUAUUUUAUAAUUCUUGGAACUCCUCUGAGAAGAAUGUUUAAUUGUGAUAAGGCUGAUUGGAGUGAAUGGAAUUAGCAAAGCAAAUUUUACUUGAAAUAUUUUAUAAUUCUUGGAACUCCUCUGAGAAGAAUGUUCAAUAAACAAGUUUUACAAGGGCGAGAUCAAUACCUGAACGAAUAUUUCAAAUUCUCCCCUUGUUAAGCCGCUGCUACUGUCCGAGUUAAUAACCAAUUGACCCUCGACCGCUCGUGCAAAGGUUUCAUUGAGGAAUACCGUUGGACAAAAGUUGAACAGUUCAGAACUGAAAAUUCUCAAUUUCCAUACUGUGGAAAUGUUAGCAAUUGAACUGUGAAAAUUUGUUAGAGAGAAGAAAAAUGAAAUUUGAUGCAUCUAGCGGAAAGAAGCAAGUGUAGAAAAAAUUAUCAUAGACAUAAGAGGAUGUUGAGAGUAAGAAAUUCACUGUGAUUUAAUUUGGUAUCAUCAAAUUGUUUGUUUCUUCAAAUACCACUUGACUCAUUCUCGAUGCAAAGUCAUUUCAAUAAAUUCAUCCGGUCUCUAGGAAAUCCAUGUUAGUGAUGAUCUGCUUCUGUUCAAAUGAACAUAUAAUCGUCAAGGACACACAACUGUCCCCUUCAGUUUUGUCUUAAUCAGCCUGUUCGUCGGUUGUCUUUGUAAAUAUGCAAAAGGACAGAAUUGUGACCUCGGUGUGAAAUGAAACAUGGUGGAAUGAAUGCUCGUGUGCUGCUGUCAAA